AUGGACUCUGCCUACGAGAUGGGCCACGUUCGCAAGCUGCAGGCGCAGCACACGCGGAUGCAGGAAAAGACCUUCACCAACUGGAUCAACAACAUCUUCCAGCACAGCCGGGUGGGCAUCAAGAUCCACAACUUGUACGCAGAGCUGGCGGAUGGCAUCCACCUGCUGCGGCUGCUGGAGCUCAUCUCCGGAGAGCCCCUGCCACCCCCCAGCCGGGGCCGCAUGCGCGUGCACUUUCUGGAAAACAACAGCCGGGCCCUGGCCUUCCUCCGGACCAAGGUGACAAUACCCUUCAUUGGGCCAGAGAACAUCGUGGAUGGAGACCAGACGCUCAUCCUGGGACUGAUCUGGGUCAUCAUUCUACGUUUCCAGAUCUCUCACAUCUCCCUGGACAGGGAGGAGUUUGGGGCCAGUGCAGUCCUGCUGUCCACCAAGGAAGCUCUGCUGGUCUGGUGCCAGCGGAAGACAGCCAGUUAUGCCAACGUCAAUAUCACUGACUUCUCCCGCAGCUGGAGCGACGGGCUUGGCUUUGGGGCGCUCAUCCACGCCCACAGGCCAGACCUGCUGGACUACCACUCUCUGCACCCCGACCGGCCUCUGCACAACCUCUGCCUUGCUUUCCGAGUGGCUGAGCAGGAACUGGGCAUUGCUCAGCUGCUGGACCCCGAAGACAUGGCGGCCCCACAGCCCGAUGAGCGCUCCAUCAUGACCUACAUCUCCUUCUACUACCACCACUUCUCCCGCCUGCACCAGGGGCAGACUCUCCAGAGGAGACUCGCUAAGACCCUGCGGCAGCUCCAGGAGACAGAGGAGCUGCAGGCCCAGUACGAGCAGCUGGCGACCGACCUGCUGUGCUGGGUUGCAAAGACGCAGGCCCAGCUGGAGGCGAGGGAUUUCCCCGACGCCGUGCCAGCCAUGCGCCACCUACUGGCAGCCUUUGCCUCCUUCCGCGCUCAGGAGAAGCCACCCCGGCUGCACCAGCGAGGAGCCGCGGAGGCCCUACUCUUCCGGCUGCAGACUGCACUCCGGGCCCAGAACCGCAGGCCCUUCCUGCCUCGGGAGGGCCUGGGCCCUGUGGUGCUGUCCCAGCGCUGGGCAGACCUGGAGCGGGCAGAAGCCUUGCGGAGCCAGGCCCUGCAGCGGAGGCUAUUGCAGCUAGAGCGGCUGGAAACUCUGGCCCGGCGCUUCCAGCGCAAGGCAGCCCUCAGGGAGAACUUCCUGGCAAACACAGAGCAGGUGCUGGACCAGGCUGCAGCCCUGCCGGCCAGCCCAGUCACGGUGGAAGCAGCUGCCCAGAGGCUGGGCAUGCUGGAGGCAGGUGUCCUGCCCCAGGACGGGCGCUUCCAGGCCCUGGCUGAGAUAGCCGACAUCCUCCGGCAGGAGCAGUACCAUGACUGGGCCGGCGUGGCCCAGAGGCAGUUGGAGAUCACCCAGCGCUGGGAGCAGCUCCUUCAACGUCUCCAAGGGCAGAGGAAACAGGUGGCAGGCCUGCAGGCUGUGCUGAGCCUGUUGCAGGAGGUUGAGGUUGUCUCCAACCAGCUCAAGGAGCUGCAGGUGCUGGCCAGUUCCCCAGCCUGUGGGCAGCAGCUGGCAGAGGUGGCGGCACUGCUACAGGGGCAGGAGGUGCUGGAGGCCCAGGUCUCGGCCCACAGAGCCCAUGUGAACCGCCUUGCCCACCAGACUGUGGGGCUGGACUCCUCUCUGGGCGUCAGUGUGGAGGCGCUGCAGGCCAAGGCCCCAGAACUGCUGCAGUUCCACCAGAGCCUAGGGGCUCUUGUCAGGGCCCGGAGGGCCCAGCUGGAGCUGAGCCUGCAGAGGGCAGAAUUCCUGCACAGCUGUGAGGAGGAGGAAGUUUGGCUGAGGACGCGCAGAGAGCUGAUGGAGAACGUGGCCCUGGGCCAGAGUCUCAGUGAGAGCGCAGUGGCCCUGCGGAAACACAAGGUUCUGGAAGCUGAGUUACACAGCCACCAGGCUGUGUUAGCCCCUCUAAUGCGGACGGCCUACGACCUAGCGGCCCGCGGGCCCCCAAUACAGCCAGACCCCCGAGAGCAAGCCGAGGCGGUGCAGGGCGCGUGGCAGCAGCUCCGGGCCUGGGCAGCCGGUCGGGGAGUCCGGUUUCAUGCAGCCCUGCUCCUUCAGCAGUACUUGGCUGAUGCAGCGGAGGCGGCGGCGUGGCUGUGUGCGCAGCGGUCCGGGCUGGAGAGGGCACCCUGCGAGCAGGACCCGUUGGCGGCCCAAGCCCUGCUGCAGAGUCACCUGCGGCUGGAGAGCUCAGUCUGCGCCUUUGCUGAGGAGCUGGGUUGGCUGGACCAGCAGGCUCGGGCAGCCACCAGGGCAGCGCUCACCUUGAGGGUGCUGCCUGCCCUGAGCUCUCCAAGGGAAGGCCGGAGGAACCCAGGGGCCUGGUCUGAGGCUUCUUGCCACUCUGGCCCCUGGGGCACCUGGAAGAUGACCCCUUCAGCUGAGCCUGACCCCGACUUUGACCCUGACACCAUACUUCAGACACAGGCCCGCUUGAGCCAGGACUACGAGGCCCUACGGGCCCUGGCAGAGCUCCGGCAGGCCCAGCUGCAAGAGGCUGUGGCCUUGUUUGACUUCUCUGACCUGUGUGGGGAGCUCCAGUCCUGGCUAGAGAACCAGACUUUGCUGCUUCAAACAGUGCAGCCCCAGGCUGACAACUUGGAGGCCAUGCAGCUCAAAUAUGAGAACUUCCUUGCUGCCCUGGCUGUGGGGAAGGGCCACUGGGCAGAGAUAAGAAGCUCCGCUGAGCAGCUAAAGCAGAGAGGUCCUGGGGACGCCACCAAAAUCCAGCAGUGGCAGGAGGAACUGAAGAGGAGGUGGGGGCAGCUGGAGGCCCUGAAGAAAGAGAAGGAGCUGCAGCUGGCAUGCACAGUGGAUGUGUGCAGUUUCCUGCAGGAAUGCGGACCCACACAGGUCCAACUGCAAGAUUUGCUACUCCAGCUGGAAACCCUGGAGCCAGGGUGCUCAGGGCACAGCCCCCGUGUCCUGAAGCUGGCCCAGUGGAAGAUGCCAGCCCUGGAGAGGAGCAUCCACAACCUGGAAAGUGUGGCCAUGAAAGUCGAGAAGGCAGGCCCAGCCGCCAGCCGGUCCCUGAGAGAACAGGUGGAGGCGCUGCAGGGGCUGCUGAAGCAAGUGCGGGAGAGAGUGGCCCACCUCGCCCAGGUCCAGGCUGAGGCUCAGGCCCAGCAGAGCUUCCUGCAGGAAAGCCGGCGGCUGCUGCUGUGGACAGAGGGCGUCCAGGCUCAGCUGCACAGUGAGGAGGAGGCGGGGGAUGUGGCCUCAGCCCAACAGCUACUGGCGCAGCACGGAGACCUGCUGGAGGAGAUCCACCUGCAGCAGGAGAGGCUGCGGCAACUGGAGGCUCACGGCCAGCUCGUGGCAGCCUUGGACUCCCCAGAGUCCCGAGAGGUGACCAGCACUCUGAGUCUCCUUGGGCAGCAAGGCCAGGAGCUGAAGGCUGCCUGGGAGCAGAGAAAGCAGCGGCUGCAGGAGGAGCAGGAGCUGCAGAGAUUUAGCCGAGAAGUGGACGGUUUCACUGCCACCUGUGCCAGCCACGGGGCCUUCCUGCAGCUGACUCAGCUUGGGGAAGAUGUGGGGGAGGCCCAGCUCCUACUGCAGCGGCACCACGAGUUUGGGAAGCUCCUGGAUUCCCUGGGUCCUCGGAUGGAGGCUCUGCAGGCCCGUGGGCAGAAGCUGGCUCAAAGCCAACCCCCCACAGCUCUCAGAGUCAGAGAGCAGCUGCAGCGCACCCAGGCGCAGUGGACCGCGGUCCAGGGGAGGAGUGAACAGAGGCGGAGACAGCUGCUGGCUUCCCUCCAGCUCCAGGAAUGGAAGCAGGAUGUGGCAGCGCUGAUGCUGUGGCUGGAGGAGAAGGGGCUGGUGGUGGCAGAGCAGCCCCCCUACCAGCCCAGCCGCAUCCCGCCGAAGCUCAGGUGGCACGCAGCAGUGGAGAGGGAGCUGCUGGCAUCCAGUGGGCACGUGGAGCGGCUGCAGCAGGCCGGGACAGAGCUGCUGAGCAGCGGGUGCCAUGCCCAGGAGGACGUGCAGGCUGUGCUCCAGGGCCUGAGCAGCAAGUGGGAAGAGCUGAACCGCAAGAUGGCAGAGUGUGGGGAUGCGCUCCGGCAGGCGAGGCAGCAGGAGCAGCUCCUGGGACUGCUGCAGGAAGCCAAGGGGAAGACGGAGCAGCUCGAGGGGGUCCUGCAGAGUGCAGAAAUGGAGUGGGAUCUGUGCUCCAGCCGGGAGCUGUUGAGACAACAGCGCCAGCUGGAGGGAGAGAGCCAGGCUCUGGCCGGCAAGGUGGCAGCCCUCAAGUCCCGGGCCCACCAGGGGGUCAGUUCCCAGGCCAUCAUGGAGGAGAUCCAAAAAUACUUGCAAAGAUAUGAGUCCCUGCAAGUACAUCUGGAGGCCAGGUGCCAGCAACUGCAGACCUCGGUUGAGCUCUGCCAGUUCUGCCACCUGAGCAACAUGGAGCUCACCUGGGUGGCUGAGCACAUGGCCAGUGUUAGCUCCAGCAGUGCUGCCAAGUGCCUGGAUGGUGCCCAGCGCCUGUGCCGGAAGCACCAGGAACUCUGGGCAGAGGUGAAAGCCCACCAGGGACAGGUGCAGCAGGUGCUGGAGUCUGGACGGAGCCUGGCAGCCUCAGGGCACCCCCGAGCCCAGGAUGUCAUGGAGCGGUGCCUGGAGCUGGAGGGCCACUGGGCAGAGCUGGAGCAGGCGUGUGGGACGCGGGCCCGGGGCCUGCAGCAGGCUGCCACUCUCCAGCAGUGUUUUCUGGAUGUGGCGGAACUGGAGGACUGGGCGGAGGAGACGCGGCCCCUGGCGAGCAGUCGGGACUACGGAGGAGAUGGGGCAGCCACCUGCAGGCUCCUCGAGGAGCACCAGAGUCUGCAGCAGGAGCUAGAUCUUCGCUGGGCCUCCAUGGAGAUGCUUGGCCAAAGGGCCCAAACCCUCCCUUGCCCCGAGGCCCCUGAGCGCCUGGGUGCUGUGCAGGAGAGGCUCCGGGAGCAGCUGCGGGCCCUGCGGCGGUUGGCAGACACACGGGGCCGGGAGCUGGAAGGGACCCUGAAGGUGCAUGAGUUCACGAAGGAAGCCGCGGAGCUGUGGAGCUGGCUGGCUCGCCAGAAGCAGGCGGCCAGGGCAGGGGAGCACCUCGGAGAGGACCAUGAGCACGUCCUGCACCUCUACACCAAGUUUACAAGGUUUCAGCACCAAGUGGAAAUGGGCGGCCAGCAGGUGGCAGCCUGUCAGCAGCUGGUGGAGGACCUGCAGGAGCGUGGACACAGCGCUGCCCCCAUGGCCCGUCAGAGGCAGCAGGGUCUGCAGACUGCCUGGGCGGAGCUGUGGGAGCUGACCAAGGCCCGAGGCCGCCUGCUCCAAGACACCGAGGCCACCCUCAGAGUUCACAGGGAUCUGUCGGGAGCCCUCGUCCAGGUCCAGGAGAAAGCCACAGGUCUCCCCAGCGACGUGGCCCAGGACCUGCAUGGGCUGGCAGCCCAGCUGAGGAGGCACGAGUGGCUGCAACGUGAGCUCACGGGCAUUGAGCAGCAGCUACAGGGGCUGCUGGACACUGGAGGCGCCGUGCAGAAGCUGGGCUCAGGGCCUCAGACCCACAUGGUGCAGCAGAAGCAGCAGGCUCUGGCGCAAGCCUGGGAGGCCCUGAAGCUACGCACGGAGCAACGCAAGGCCCAGCUGGAACAGGCAUGGCUCCUUGCCCGCUUCCACGCAGAGGCGCAGGACUAUGUCUCCCAGAUCACUGGCAUCUGGCAGGAGCUGCAGGUGGACGAGAGCCCGCAGGAGCCCCGCGGCAGUCUGCUAAGCCUCAGCGCCCACAAACAGCUUCGAGCCGAGUUGGAGGCUCGGGAGGAGCUCUACCAGUGGGCGGCCCAGACAGGCCAGCAGGCUCUUCUGGCUUCGGGGACAUCCAUCAUGGAGGUCCAGGAAGGACUGCGAGCCCUGCAGGGUGAACGGGAGCGGGUGUUCCAGGCCUGGGAACGCAAGCACGAGAGGCUGCAGGCUGUGCACCGGGAGCAGCUCUUCCUCAGAAAGUGUGGCCACCUGGAAGAAAUCCUUAUGACCCAGGAGGUCUCCCUGGGAAACAGUGCCCUGGGGAGCUCGGUGGAAGAGGUGGAGCAGUUGACCCGCAAGCACCAGGUCUUCCGGAAGGUGCUGGCUGCCCAGGAAGAGAAGGAGGCAGCUCUGUGUGAGCAGGUGAAGACACUCCAGGGCCCCAGGGCGCAGGACCUGCUUCACAGGGUGCAGGAGCGCCGGGCUCGAGUGAAGGAGCUGGCAGAGAACCGGACGCACGCCCUGCGCACCUCCUUGCUGACGGCUGUCUUCAUCGGGGACGUGACCCAGGCUGAGGACUGGAUCCAGGAGCGGAUCCAGCAGCUGACACAGUCAAUCCCUCCUGCGGACCUGAAAGAUAUACUAAGACACCUGCAGAAACACCAAAACUUCAAGGCCGAGGUCCAGGCCCGUGAGGAAAUCAUAACCUCUGUCACCAAGAAGGGUGAAGCUCUCCUGGCACAGAGACACCCUGGGCGGGGAGACAUCUCCCAGAGGCUGCAGAUGCUCCAGGAGCACUGGGGAAAACUGAGGCAGAUGGUGGCCAUGCAGGGCCAGGAUCUGGAGGACAAACAGAACUUCCUGGAGUUUCUACAGAGAGUGGACUUUGCAGAGGCCUGGAUCCAGGAGAUGGAGGUGACAGUGAAUGUCGGGGACCUGGGCCAGGACCUUGAGCACUGCCUGCAGCUCCGUAGACAGCUCCGCAAGUUGCAAGGAACUGGGGCCUGGGGCCCCACUGCUGGGGACAGACACAUGAAGAGCAUCAAUGACGUAGCGCUGCAGCUCAGGGCCCCGGACCCACAGACCGUCUGCCAGCUACGACACCAACUCAACAGCAGGUGGAACAGUUUCCAUGGCAACUUACUCCAGUACCAGAGGCAGCUUGAAGGGGCCCUGGAGAUGCACACGUUGUCCCGAGACCUGGAUGACGUCAUCAGGCGGAUCAGGGAGAAGGCCACUCUGAUCCAGGGCCUGGACUGUGGGGAAAAUCUGCAGAGUGAGCAGAGGCUGCUGUGGAAGCAGGAGGAGUUGCAGCAGGAGAUGGGCCUCAUCCAAGCGCAGCUGGAGCCCUUGGAACACAAGGUGGUCCAGCUCUGCCAGAGAAGCCCCGGGGCAGCCCACAGCCUCAGCCGCAAGCAGCAGGAGAUGAUGGACAGAUGGCGGCAGCUCCAGAGUGGGGCUCAGAAGCGGAGAGAGGCCCUGGAUGCCUUGCACCAAGCACAGAAAUUCCAGGCAAUGCUGCAGGAACUGCUGGUCUGGGCCCAGGGCCUGCAGGCUGAGAUGUGCCCCCAAAGUGCCCCCGGAAGUCCCGCCGAGGCCCGGCGCAUGUUGGAGGAGCACCAGGAGCGAAAGGCUGAGCUGAACGCCCAGGCAGACCGUAUCGGGCUAGUCAGAAGCACUGGACAGCGGUUACUCGCAGCUGGGCAGUCAGGCCUCCCUGACAUCCGCCAAGCCCUGGCUACUUUAGACCAGGAGCUGAACUGCCUGGAAGAGACCUGGCAGGAGCAGCACCUGCAGCUGCAGCAGGCCCUGGAGCUCCAGCUGUUCCUAAACUCUGCGGAGCAGAUGGAAAGCUGGCUCUGCAGCAAGGAAGCCUGCCUGGCCAGCGAGGGCCUGGGGGACCCCGUGGCCGAUGCGGAGACCCUCCUGUGGAAGCACAAGCUCCUGGAGCGGGGCCUGGAGGCACAGGCAGGAAAGAUCAGCGCCCUGGAGGCUGCAGCUCACGCUCUGUGCCGAGAUGGACACCCCAAGGCCCAGAGUGCCCUAGACCGGUGCCAGGCCGUGCUCCUCAGGAAAGAGGCGCUCCUGGAGCGAGCAGGCACCCGCCGCCGCCAGCUGGAGAAGCUUCGGCAGCUGCAGACUUUCUUGCAGGAUUCCUCUGAGGUUACCACAUGGCUCCGGGAGAAGAACCUGGUGGCCCUGGAGGAAAUCUGGCGGGACCCGGCCGUGCUGCAGGCGCAGAUGAGGGACCAGCAGAAUCUCCUGGCCGAGCUGGACACGAGUGCGCACCACAAACAAAGGCUGCAGAUGGAGGGGCAAAGGCUGCUGGAGGGAGGUCACCCCACCUCAGAGAUCAUCCAAGAGCGGCUGCAGGAGCUGACAGAGCUCUGGGACCAGCUGCAAGCCAACUGCCAGAGGAGGGCAGCCAAGCUACAGGAGGCCUGUGAGGUCCUGCGUGUGCAGCGGAGUGUGAAAGAACUGGAGAGCUGGCUGGGGCCCGUGGAGGCCGAGCUAACAGCCCCUGUGGGGAGCCAGGACCAGGCUGGGCUGGAAGAGCUCCUCCGGGCACAGGGAGAGCUGGAGGCAGCGGUGGACAGGCAGACCAGGCAGGCACAGGCACUGCUGGGCCAGGCCCAGGACUUUAUGCGGAAAGGCCACUGUCUCGCCCAGGACGUGGAAGAGCAAACCCAGCAGUUGCUUCAAAGGUUUAAGAGAUUGGGGGAACCUCUGCAGGAGCACAGAGCUACCCUGGAGGCUCAGAGUUGCGUCCUGCAGUUCUUCAGGGACUCGGAUGAGGAGCUGGCCUGGGUGCAGGAGAAGCUGGCGCGGGUGGCCUCUGAGGACUGCGGCCAGAGCCUGGGCACUGUGCAGCUCCUGCAGGAGAAGCACCAGAACCUGGAGACUGAGAUCAGCAGCCACGAAGCUCUGACCCAGGCAGUGCUGAGCGCAGGGCGCAAGCUGGUGCAGGCUCGGCACUUUGCUGCCCACGAGGUGGCUGCCCGGGUGCAGCAGCUGGAGAAGGCCCUGGGCUGCCUGCAGGCCAAGGUCUUGCAAAAGCGGCUACUGCUACAACAGGCUCAGGAGGCCCAGUGGUUCCUAACAGAGCUCCUGGAGGCAGAAUCCUGGCUGGCAGAACGGGGCUGUAUCCUGGACGUCCAGGACGUGGGCCAGAGUGCCGAGGCCACGCAGGCCGUCCUGCGGCAGCUGGAGGCCACCAGGACAGAGCUGGAGGGGUUCGGCACGCGCGUGGAGAGGCUGCAGGAGACCGCGGCCCUCCUUGAGCGCCUGCAGAACCCAGAUAGCCCCCAGGUGCUGGCUGGGAUGCGGGCAGUGAGGGAGGCCCACUCGGCGCUGCUGCAGAGGGUGCAGGGCCGGGGGCAAGACCUGAGGGAGCAGCUGCAGCUACACCAACUGGAGCGGGAGGCCCUGCGCCUUGAAGCCUGGCUGGCCAGCAAGGUGGCCACCGCCGCGGCCCAGGAUUACGGGCAGGACCUGGAGAGCGUCGCGGUGCUGGAAGAGAAGUUUGAUGCUUUCAGAAUGGAAGUCCAGAGCGCGGGGCAGGCCAGGGUACAGGCCCUGAGGGAGCUGGCAGGCUCCCUAGAGCAGGUCGCACCCAGGUGCUCUCCCCAGAUUCGAGUCCAGAUGGACCGCGUCCAGGCCACGUGGGAGAAGCUGCACAGGGCCGUGGAAGGCCGCGCGCAGAAACUGGCUGCAGCCCGUGAGGUCCACGGCUUUGAGCAGGCAGCGGCCGACCUCCGAGGCCGGAUGCAGGAGAAGGCCGGCUUGGUGGUGGCGAGAAACGCGCGUGUCCACAGCCUGCCAUCGGUGCAGGCCCUGCAGCAGCAGCACAGGGGCCUGGAGAGGGAACUGGCCGCUAUGGAGAAGGAAGCGGCACGGGUGAGGACAGAGGCCUGCCGACUGGGCCAGCUACAACCUACGGUUCAGGAGGGCCUGGCUGAGCUGCUGACCACGGUUCAGGAGGCCUGGGCCACCCUGCAUGCGAAGGCCCAGCAGCGGGGCAGGGAGCUGGAGCAGGCUGUCCAGGGCCACACCUUCCUCGGACGCUGUCAGGAGCUGCUAGCGUGGGCUCAGGAGACCCAGGUGCGGGUGUCCUCAGAGGAGCUGGCCAGGGAUGUGGCAGGGGCUGAGCAGCUCCUGGGGACGCACGAGUUGCUGGGGCAAGAAAUCCAGGAGCUGUGCCUGCAAGCCCAGGAGGUCCAGCAGGAAGGGCAGCAGCUGCUGGACAAGGGUCACUUCAUGUCUCUGGAGGUAACAACAUGUCUGCAGGAGCAGGAGGGGCAGUUGCAGGCGCUCAAGGAGUCCUGGGCCCUGGGCCAGAAGCGCUGCAAGGAGAGCUGGGAGCUGCAGAAGUUGCAGCAGGAGUUGGACCAGGCCGAGGCCUGGCUGGCCUCCCAGGAAGGCCUCCUUCUGGACCCCAGCUGUGGGCACUCGCUGCCGGGCGUGGAGUUGCAGCUCUGCAGACACCUGCACUUGGAAAGGCGGCUGGCGGCCCGGGCGGAGACGCUGGCGCAGCUGCAGCGGGAGGCGGAGGCGGGGAUGGGCCGGCAGCCGCAGGUGAAGGGGCUGCAGCCCGGGAGAGACACGGGGCAGAGGUGCCUGGGAGCUUGGCGGCCCGAAGCACCGUCAGCCGGGACGAGGGGCCUGCGAGCCGCCUCCCCAGUCGGGCUGCUUGUGCCCGUCACCUGCGUUGUGCCCCCGGAGCAGGCGGCUGGUGGGCAGGAACCCAGUGGUGGUGGUGGCGCGCCCAGGAGGUAG